AUGCGCCUUGUCCUGGCUCCGUUGCUUCUCCGUGCCCUGAGGCUCCUGUUGCUGCUUCCUGCCUGUGGUUGGGGUCCCGUGGUCGGCUCCCCCAUCUGGAGCAACAGCGACGAACUGGUGCACCUGUACACCGCCGAGGGCAACAUGAGAAGUUUCCACCUGCAGAUCCUUCCUGAUGGACGCGUGGACCGCACACCGUCCCAGACCGUGGACAGUGCUGUGAUAAUCAAAACUGUAAGUGCAGGCCAUGUAAGGAUCAUCGGUGCAAAGAGCAAACUCAACCUGUGUAUGGACAGUAACGGAAAUCUCUUUGGAUCGCGUUCCUUCAGCAUUGAGAAUUGCGUCUUUAAACACACGCUGCUCGAAAACGCCUUCGACGUUUACGAGUCCCUCACGCACCAUUUCCUGGUCAGCCUAGGAAAUGUGAAGGGACAACUGGCUCCCAACACAAACUUACCGCGUUUUUCUCAGUUUUUAACCCGAAGGAAUGAAAUCCCCUUAAGCGAGUUCAUCACGCCAAAGCCUCGGGAAGAAGACACCAGGGACCAUGAUGCCUCCAACCCCUGUGGGGGCAUUUUGGCAGGACAGAUGCCGGAAGACAUACCAUUUGUGCAUGGCAGCAUCCACCCCUGCCUCAUGGACAGGGAGGAAGACAGAGAUCCAUUGAAUGCCAUUCUGAAUGGAAAAUUUAAGAGCCCCCGAACAGGUUCUUGA